CUUAUGAAGUCAGCGGUCACACUAAAACCAUUAGUUGGAUAACUUGUGUCACUAACACACAUACAUGUUAUGAACAGAUCGUCUUUGUACCUGAUUGUUUUUUAAAUUUUCGUUAUAAACAAUGCGCGUGGAGAUACCUGAGUGUAAAAGAUGCUGUUGCUGUCUACCUUUGAGACACGGUAUUCUUAUUUUUGGAUAUCUCAAUUUGUUAUUCUCAUUAUUUGUGGUAGCGCUGGAAAUAGCACUUAACAUCAAAUAUAUGUACACGCCGUACACUAUGGCCAUGUACAAGGGGGUUUCAUUUUACUCUCAGGUCUGGUUCGCUCUGGUGCUUUACAUCGCAGAAAUCGUAUUCAAUAUCGUGCUACUGGUUGGCGCUCAUACGAAAAAGACCAAGCUGCUCCGAGUUUUCUACUACUACGGAAUAACUACAACACUGGCGUCACUAGUAACUUUCAUAGUAGUACGUCAAGAUAAUAUGAUGCAUCAUUGGGCGUACUACAUAGUGGAGGGGAGCUUCGUGAUAUGCGGACUGAGUAUCCAAGCGUAUCUUCUUUUGUUGGUGCGAAGUGAACUGCUCAAGCUGCGUCAUUCAAGCCGUCUGUGUUACGUGAACCAUGCCGCAGAGGUGAUGGUGGAAACCCCCAUCCAACUAGGAAGAAACCCCUUCUAAGCUACGGAACUCAUUUAGAGGGUCGAAACCCCCUUUGAGUUAGAUCACCGUCUAUUGUGAUGUAGAUAAUUAAUUCAAGUUUCUCUUUAGUCAAUUAAGUGUAUUUGAUUUUAUAUUAUUAUUUGUUUAAAUUUUGUAAAUUACAAAUAUUUUCUAAUAAAUUAAUUUUUUUUUUCUCUA